AUGCACACACCAGCCUCUCUGUGGCUCCUCGUCAGCCCCUGGCCCCUGGUGGGCCAGGAAGUCAGCAAUGGGGGUGAGCUGCUGCCACGUUUCUUGUGGCUCAGGAGUGGGGCCAGCCCUCUGCUGAGCCUGGUGCCCCGCCACCCUGAGGCCCCCCAAAAGUGGCAGCUGGAGGGGAGCCGGGGCAUCCACAGCCCUCGCCCCUGCCCAGCAGGAGCAUGUGAACAGGGCUGGGCCGCAGCGCGGGGUCCUCCAUCUGCUCUGAACGGCCCCAGGGUCCGCUUUCCUCCACUGGAGCCCCACGCUGCCCCCGAAUUGCAGGAGCUGCAGACAGAGCUAGAGUUGGCCGUGCCUGUCUUCGUGGAGGACCCAGCCCCAGGCGAGCACAGGGACAGUGGCACGGGGCCCAGAGUGAAGAAGGCCAAGUAUUCGCUCCCGGGAAUCCUCCUUGGAGGCUUGGUGGUGGCUGCUCAGAUGUGCCGACCCAGCUGCUCUGAAGACAGACAGCAAUUGCUGCAGCUGGACUCGGGCCUGCCGUGUGAGCCCUGCACCGACUGCAGGGCCUCGCCCCUGCCCAGCCAUGCCCGGGGGCAGGUUGUUUCUGAGCUGCCCUUGUGGCCACAGGCCCCACUGGCCAAGUGGGCCCCACAGGGCAGAGAACCCCUUCCGCCCUCCUCCGUGUGA